AUGUGCGUCUUUGUGCGUGUGUACAUGUUAGUACAUUUCUAGUUCCUAUGAAUAGCCAAGGUAUUAUCUUUAUUGACACACUUUACUCUUUUUGUUAGGGCUGGGUUAAGCUCUUGCACAACUAUGGAAAUCUUGUAUGUCUAGAAAGCAAGAUCCAAUAAAGAAAAAAUAAAAAAAUAAAGAUAAAGGCUACGCAUAACAAUUUGCAUGAAAAUGCUUGUUCAUUUCAACUGAGUUUACAGAAGGAUAUGAUAUUGAAGGUAGGAAAUAAUUUUCCUUGAAUAUGUCUAGCUUUCUAUUGGAUUGGAUUGGUGUACGGUAAUUGGUACUUGUAAUGAAAAAUUGAACUUCGUUAACUAAACAAGUUCUAAACUAAAUUGAUUCGAAACUUGUAGUAGGUUAGACUUAAUUGUAAGUAAAUUGAUGAGUCACUGACAUACGAUGAUAAAAUGAUAUCUUUUGCUUUAAACUAAGAAGCAUAGAUAUUAGAUACACACGGCACGACACAUACACACUGACAUGCAAAAUUUUUAAAAUUGGUUGGACAUGAUACAUGAGGGACACAAAUAUAUAUUUAUUAUAUAUUAUAUAUAUGAAUAUUUUAUUAAAGCAGCAGCUUAUUUGUGGGCUUAUUUUACAAUUUUGGAGCUUUGAAACUGCAAUUUCUCCAUUUUUUAAAGGUUGCAUUCUUAGAUCUUAUAUGCUUGCACUAGCAGUUUCCAGCUUCGCAAAAACCAGAAAAAAAAUCCGUUCAUGCAAAUCGCAGAGCAUCUUUGCCAUUGCCGAUGAGAUCCAAUCCCUGUGUCGGUAUCCUUGACUGCAUAAAGUCUCCAGAUGUUUCUGUCAAUUCUCCUCGAAUUGACAGGAUGGUUGAAUUUCCAUUAGCCUCAUAUGAAGACUCCGUCAUUCCCAUCCGAAGAAUUUCAUCAACCUCUGCACAAGGUUCCUCCACCUCGCCACAAGGCGAUCAAUCAAUCAUGAAGGACAAAUGUACGGUGCAGGUGUUAGAAAGAAACUUUGGCCGAUUAAGUUUUGGCAAAAUUAAGUUGGGUGGAGAGGAUGGAAGUGAGUGCUCAGACCAAAAUGCGACAGCUGGGGCAACGAGCCGGACGUUGUCAGACUUGCAGCGUCGUCCAUUUGACAUGUCCUCAUACCAGCAGCGAGCUGAAGCUUUGGAAGGGUUGCUUGAAUUUAGUGCAAGACUGCUGCAAGACAAAAGGUACAAUGAACUGGGGGUGUUGUUGAAGCCGUUUGGACCAGGGAAGGUUUCUCCUAGAGAAGAAGGUUGUAAAACAUGGUAA